UGUAGUCUGUAGGGAGAAGUGUUUCAGUUGCGAAGCAUGGCUGCUGCGGACGCUCUGCUGACCGUCAGUAAUCCUGUGUUUAAGGCAUACCUUUUCCAUGUAGCAGUACUUGCACUCAAGAUGCUGAUGAUGUCUCCGCUCACAGCACGACAGCGUUUUAAAAAUAAGAGUUUCUCAAAUCCUGAAGACACUAUAUUUGUGAAAGGUAGCAAAGUGAAAUACGAUCAGCCUGAUGUUGAACGAGUCAGGAGGGCUCAUUUAAAUGACUUGGAGAAUAUUACAGUGUUCUUUAUUGUGGCCUUAGCAUAUCUGCUAACAAAGCCAUCUCCAGGCCUUGCCAUCAAUCUGUUCCGAGCAUUUACUGCAGCACGAAUUGGCCACACAGUUGUAUACUGCAUCAUACCAAUUGCACAACCUUCUCGGUUCUUAUUUUUUUUCAUUGGUUGGGCUGUCACAAUUUUCAUGGCUGGCAGUGUGAUACUUUACUGCCUUUGAUAUGGAAAAUAACAAAUGUAGUUCUUAAUGUCAUGGUAAAUAGAUUUUAUUUCAAACAAAUUUGUUAUUAACUCUGUAUGAAUUGUGGUAAAUCUGACAACUGAGAUGCCUUGUGUUUUUGUUGUGUCAAGAGGUAAACAGACAUAAACAAAGAAAUAAAUGCCGUUUGACAA